GCGCGGUUCGAACGGGGUUCUGGAUAUUUAAUUUGUUUGCUUUUUCGAUUUUUUUCCGACGGCGGCACGGCAGUAAUUUGUUUCCAAUUCCGACAUUGUACCCUACGAUGGAUAUGAGGAGUGAACUUCAAAGUCUAUACCUAUCGUAAUAGUUGGUUACCCUGAAUAUGCGAACCGAAAGUUAAGAAAAGCAGAAAAAGAGAAAAAGAAUGAACAGUGAGAACAUUACGCCCAGUAGUGCCUCAAUAAACCAUUGAUUCCAGAGGUGAAAAUAAAUUAAAAUUUAUGAAUCAACCGGUGCGCGUUCACGCUUGAGUGAAUAAAUAAAAUCAAUCUCAUCCAUCGAGCCGGCGCCGAGCGAGCGGGUGCAAAAGAAAAGUCACAAUUGGCAAAAACAGGCGGGAAAGCCGGAAAAAUCAACCCACGCCAUCCCCGUCCGAAAAGGUUCCGGAAUCAUCCGGGAAGGUGUGCAUCGGCACAAUUCGACGUUUCCUCCCGGGAGCGGAUCCCGAGGCAAAAUAAGUAAUGGCGUGCUUCACAAAAUUUUUCUCCCGAAAGUACGGUUCGUUUAACCUGCCGGAUAACGGAUCACAGAAUGGCAGCAUUGUGCCCGUGCGAAUAAGCACCAGAGCAUAUCAGGAGGAGUUCCCUAGCAAUGGGGCAUUGAAAAACGCAGAAAGAGAAUCCGGUUUGGGAAGCCUAGAUGAGCGAUUGAACGUGGCCCAAGGAACAGGACAAUGGCCUCAGGCCUUACCUAGCGUUUUGCCUAGGAAAAAACCCAACAAAAAAUCAGCCGACCAAAUAAGUCAAAGCUCUGGAGAAGUCGAACGAAACUUGAGCAGGAAACUCAAGGAAAGUGAACAGGAAAAAAUCCUUCUGAAACUUGCUUUAGAAUCAAAAAUUAGAGAGUUCCCCAGUGCCGAGGAUAGUUCAAAAGUGAAACGCUUGGAAAAAGAAAUCAAGGAAUUGCAAAAUCAAAUCAGUAAACAUGAGGCCCAGAUUCAAGUUAAAGAACCUGUCGUUGUUAAAAAAUCAACACCACAGAUUGCAAAAAUUCCUCCAACCAUCACCCACAAAAGUCCACCUAGUCCUAAACCUGCUGAUCGCAGCCAUUACUCGGAACUGUCCAUGUUCAAUCGCAAUGUUUCCGUUCUUUCCAAUGGUUAUGACACCAUUCCCGAUAUACGAGAUAUUCCUAGACACGAAAUACUGUAUGACAACGAAGACGAUGAAGAGACUACAAUAAGCACGGACGAAGAUGAACCACCGGAUCUACCACCGAGAGAUAACCGACUCAGUAAACAGCCCGAUGGAGACGGCGAGGAUACUUCUCAGGAUGAGGAACCUACUCCUCCGAAACUUCCGCCCAUUAGGAGUCAUCCAGCUUUUACCGAGGUGAUCGGAAAGCCUCACGUUCAGACGGAAAAACUCUACCGAGAACCGGAAAAAGUACCGGAACCUGAUUAUCCACCACCAGCCCGUACUCCUCCUCCUCCUCCUCCUCCAGACCUGGCGGAAUGUACCAAUCCCAGUCUUCGGCAGCAAGAUUCCUUGGAAUCACAACUCACUCCGUCCACUCCGACGACCCCGAAGAUCGAGGAACUCGAUGGCAAGAUGGGAAUCCUGAAGACGGUUCGCAAAGAGGGUGUCGUUUCGGACAAACCGGAACCACGUGGUUCCCGUGAUAUUGUGAUACCUAGUUACCCGAAGACGGAAGCAGAAGAAGCUCUCAUAAAACAAGCCAUCUCGGCGAACGAAUUCCUGAAUAACAUGAUGGACGAAGAUCGGGUGAAAGCGGUGAUGGAAGCCAUGUCUCCAAUGACAUUCCCUCCAAACAGUUACAUAAUCAAGGAGGGUGACAUAGGAGCUCAUUUCUUCGUUUCAGCUGAAGGCACGUAUGAAGUGAUCGUCGAAAAGAGGGUUGUCAAAUCAUUUAGCAGUGGAGUUGUGUUUGGAGAGCUGGCCAUUCUUUACAAGGCGAAGCGGUUUGCGUCCAUCAAAACUACCAAUGGAGCAAAGGUUUGGAUGCUGGAGCGCAAAGUGUUCCAGAAGAUUAUGAUGAAAAGCGGUAGGAAAGAACGGGAGGAGAAUGUCAAGUUCCUUAGCACGGUUUCGAUCCUGAAGGAUCUGGAAAUCGAGAAGUUGUACAAAAUAUCGGAUCUGUUAAAAAGGGAAUUCUAUGCAACCGGGUCAACCAUCAUUCAGCAGGGAGAUCCGGGAGAUAAGUUUUACAUUAUUCGUGGUGGAAGUGUGAAUGUCAUUAAAACGGACUCCAAUGGAAUGGAUAAACUGGUGGGAAGUUUACCGCGGGGAGCAUACUUUGGGGAGCAGGCACUGCUGCAUGAAGAUCGUAGAUUGGCCAGCAUCAUUUCCAAUCCACCUGGAACCGAGUGCUUGACACUGAACCGACUGGCAUUCAAUGAAUUUCUUGGAGGUUUGGAACAACUACGGGAGAUUAAGUUAUCCGAUGAGAUGCCUCGUCCUUCCGGAAUCUACAAUAAAGUCUCAGAGUUUGACCACGUCCAGCUGCACGAUUUAACCUACAACGGAACACUCGGAAUCGGCGGCUUUGGACGGGUUGAGUUGGUCCAGUAUCAGGACAAGAAAACAUUCGCUCUCAAGUAUCUCAAGAAAAUCGAGAUGGUACGGCAGCAGCAACAGGAGCACGCUUAUAGCGAAAAGGACAUCAUGUUAAGCUGUCACAGUGAGUUUAUCGUCAGACUCUACAAAACCUAUCGAGACAAGAAGUACCUUUACUUCCUGAUGGAGGCCUGUCUGGGGGGCGAUGUUUGGACGGUGCUGCAGAAGUGCAAAUAUUUCGAGGAGAAGACGGCUCGCUUCAUGACCGGCUGCGUGGUGCUUGCUUUCGAGUAUCUGCACAGCAGAAACAUCAUUUAUCGGGAUCUGAAGCCGGAAAAUCUGAUGCUAGACGAUCAGGGCUACAUCAAGCUGGUGGAUUUCGGCUUCGCCAAGCGAAUCGGAGCCAAUCAGAAGACGUGGACCUUCGCCGGCACCCCGGAGUAUGUCUCACCGGAAAUCAUCCUGAACAAGGGCCACGAUCGGGCCGUUGAUUACUGGGCCCUGGGGGUGUUCAUCCACGAGCUGCUGGUGGGAAAACCGCCCUUCCGGGGGAAGAAUCACAUGAAAACGUACAACGCCAUCCUUCGGGGGAUCGACAUCAUCGAGAUGCCAUCGCGGAUUCCGAAAAAGGCUCAGGUGCUCAUCAAGCGAUUGUGCCGGCAAGCUCCCGUCGAGAGGCUCGGCUACGGCAAAAAUGGAAUUGCCGAUAUCAAAACCCAUCCUUGGUUUUCCGGUUUCGAUUGGCGGAAGCUACAGGAACGGACCAUGGUAGCGCCCCUCGUUCGGCCCAUCCAAUCCGAUACGGAUCUGUCCAAUUUCGACGAUUAUCCGAAGGAUCAGGACGAGCCGCAAGAUGAGAUGUCGGGGUGGGAUAUCAACUUUUAAUGUCCCUUAAAAGUGCCAAUAGGACAGGAGAGGAAAAGGUGUAUGGUGGGAACUCGAGCAAGCCAUUGAGUUAUGUUUGUAUGUGUAUUGUCCGAGUGUGUAUGGACAUGAAUAAAUUUCUGGAAUCCGUAACGUGAAAAAUUGAGGGCACUGCCUGUGAAAGUGCUCCAGCUGAGGUUAAUUAAAAAUAAUUCGAUAAAUUAUGGUUAAAUAAAGUACACUCAA